UUUACCGUAAGAUCUCGAUUUAAAGCGACACUUUUUAAUAAUUACAAAGCCAGAGGUCGAAUCUUUUGGAGGUUGAAAAAUUAUAUUGAAGUCCUGGUGUCGCAUAUUUAGAGGGUCGCAUCUAAUUGGAGGUAACUUUACAGAGUCUACUUGCCUCGAUUUCAGGCCGCUUAAAAACACUGAUUUUCUAGUGGGCUACAAUCGAGGCUAGGGAGUGGCUACAUUUACCUCUAUUUAGAACACGACAUUAAAAAAUAAUUGUCAACGCAGCUGUCGCUACUUUUAGAAGUCAGAAAAUUGCUGAAGCUCCUGGGUGUCGCAUAUUUGGAGGGUCGCCUUAAAUCGAGGUCUAACGGUUUCUACCUUGUGUCGAGCAUUGAGUACAAUAGAUGAACUUAAUAAGCACCAAGCGAAAAUGAGCGAAGAAAUACUUGAAAAGAGCCAAGAAAUCCUAGAACUUCAAACUCAGCUGGCAAUUCCUCAAGACGAACAUCUUAAUCUCCUGGAAACUGAACUUGCUGAGAAAAAUCGUGUGAUUGUUGAGAAGCAAGCCAGAAUUGAGCAACUUGUUGAGAACAAAGUUGACUCAUCUGAAAUGCUUGCUAGAUAUCUUGGCGAAAAGGAAGCAUUGCUAAGCGAAAAGAACAAAGAUCUUAUGCUGGAAAAAGCAAGAGUGAACGCAAGUAAAACUUCUCAUGCUAAAACUCGAAGAGAGCUAGAAAAAUGCCGAAGGAAGUUAACAAUGGUACUCACUCAACGAAAAGCAACUGCAACAGGAGACCCGAUAGUCGAUGUGGAAUUUGACAGUAUAUCGAAACCAGGGGUUACCACAAAUGACACUUCAUCUCAAACUACCACUGUCAAUGAGGAUAUUAUUGUUCAAACCACUUCAUCAAAUCAAGACAUUGAGUCAACCUAUACAUUCGUUGAUGAGUCAGAUGUACACUCUAGUUCGGAUACAGUAGUACAAGAGCUUCGUAGAGAAGUGGCUGAAAAAGCAGAGAAGGUAUUUAGUCUUGAAAAUCAACUAAAAGAAGCGAAUACCACUAUUUCACGUCUGGGGCAAGUUAAAGAUCAUUCCAAAGGUCAAAGCAAGGCUUUGUUCUCCAUGAGGCAAGAAUUGGAUGCUACAAAGAUGUCACAUGAUGAGCUUGUGCAGUACAUUACCUCAUUGGAACAGCAGGUCGCUGAUACAGAGAAACACACUAAUAAACUUGAAGCAACAAUCAAAAACCUUGAAACUGACAAAGAGUUUGUUGAGCAAGCACUAGUGAACACGAGGGAAUCACGUCAAGCUCUAGUAGAAUCGACAGAGUCUAAAAACAAUGAAAUUGAAGCGUUCAGGACCAUUAAACAAGUUAUGGAGAGUAGAGUGGUCGAAAUGCAGGAAAAGUUGGAAAUCAUUACAACCCAAGCUGAGGUGUACAAAGAAGACUUUGAGACUGAGCGAAAAGACAGAGAGAAGGCUCACAAUCUCAAAGAAGAAAUGAGACUGUCUUGUGAUCAGAGGGUUCAUGCCAUGACAAUACAGCUUGAGACUGAGCGACUUGCUCAACAUGAAACAAUUCAAACUCUAAGAAAACGGCUGGAGAGAGUUGACGAUGAAAAAUCUUAUUUGGAACAGGAAAAGGAAGCCCGAACAACACGGUCAUUUACUAGGCAGCAAGAGUUUCCACAGAAAAACAAAGAAAUCCAUGAGCUUCAAGAGCAACUCUAUGAAGCACAGCAGAAGGCCAUCACAGCUCAAGAGGAGGUCCAGGCAAAGACAGCUCAGGUCAAACAGUACAAGAAGAAAGAUGAUCAAAGAGAGAAAAAGCUUGUCACUCUAGAUGCGAGGAACCAGGAACUAAUUCAGGAGAUGGAAAGGGUCAGAAGUGAGCUGGAAAGGGUGAAAACUGAGAAUGCCAAUUUACUAAAGGAAGAGAAAAAAUCAAAUCAAACAGAAAUGAACAAGGUUCGCCAGGAGCUGGAAAGAGCUCUCAAAAGGAUGUCAAAAUCUGAGGCCCAUGAUGAACUGCUGAAGGUGCAACUGGACAAUCAUUCACUUCAUAGUGACAAUGAAAAACUAAACAGAUCUCUUCAAAAAGUACAGGAGCAGUUUGCUGGUCUGAAGGUGCGUCACCUCGAGUUAAAGAAGGAGGUUACUAAUGCCACACCCACCACUCCUCCUGAACCUCCGAUACCAAUUCAUCCCAACCAGGUCUCUGUCAAACAAGAUAUCCCUCAAGGAAGGAGCUCGGACAGUAGCGACCCCACAGCUAAACCAAAACCUGACCAACAGCAGAGUGUAGCUCAGCAACCAACAACUAUACCCAACGUGAACAUUGUUCCUCCUACAAUCCAGGACAAUUAUAACCAACAACCCGAGGCGAGACUAGUACCCAACUUACCAACUGAAGGUCUCCUGUCUAUGAACUUUGAGAACCCUAGGUCAGCUCAUGAUAGUGUCGAGGUAAAUGGAUUUCGAAAUGCUGCCGGCCGAAACGAACGGCAAUCGUCUACUGGACCACAACCCGAUAAUAGCAUCCGCUAUCCUCCGGGCUUGCAAGUAAAGCAAAGUCAUAGUAGUGCCCCUAGUAGCACCAAUUUAGCGCUAUCGGAACAAGUGGCUAGCCCCACUGAUGCCUCAAACAAAAUGUCACUGGUUUUAGGAGAUCAACAGUUGGAGAAACCCUCCAAUAUGCCUUCCGACUUCAAUCAAAGUCAUUACCCUGCUAACACUAACCAAGGUGGUGACUAUCAAGAUCCAGUCAACAACUAUCGGGGUCAAAGUGGCUCUGAUAACUUGCCACAAUGUCAUUACCAGUAUCAGAAUCAACUACAACCAGGACAGCCACAGAAUGUACCACCCAGUAACCACCCCUCUCAAUGGCCGAACCAGCAACCAUACGUGCAAGACCACCUCUACCAGCAGCAGGCAGCCCAGCCUGGUCCUCAGUAUGAACAGCCACGGUCACCGCACUAUAACCCACAGCAACAGAAUUAUGGACAGUCGAAUUACAACCAACAACACGGGAAUAAUCAGCAGCAAGGUCCUCACUGGUGUAACCAUGAUCAGCAAUAUCCUAAUUCUCAAUGGGAGAGCAACCAACAAUACCAAGGUGCCGGACAACAAGCAUACAACUAUCCUAGUGAUGGACUGCAACCUCAGCAGUACAACACUAUAGCUCCGUCUUACCCCAGCAACUUCAGAGAUGAUGACGCCCAUUCACCUGUUUUAAAUAACCAUAACUCUUUGUCUGAAAACACCUCAAAUUCUAAUCCAAAUGUUUUUUCUCGGCCAUCCAGUAACGGGUAUGGUGUGGAUAUAAGCCCUGAAAAGCCAAAACCAAAACCACGAGCUCAUUGUAAACCAGACACUCCCUCACCAGUUUCAAAUCCAGAAACCCAAAAACAGCUCAAUCCAAAUCGUACCGAACUUCUUGUCAAACCCAAUGGCCUGCAAGACGGCAUAGAUCGAGAGAUUAGCGAGGUAGCUGCUGCAGUGAGUCAGGUGACGAGGAAGGAAGGAGAGAGGGACGGUGCUCCAUUAGACCCCAACCUGGUCUGUCCAAUGUGUAUGAAGCAGUAUCGCAUCGGAGAAAUACAACUGUACAGAGCUCACGUCAACAAGUGCGAUGGAACUAGACACUAGACAUUGUCCCCAGUUUCUCUUAUAAUUAUUAAUACAGCCAUGUCAGUAUAAUUCUAUGGUUAUGUGUUGUGUUGUGCUAUAUACAUAUAGUACCAGUGUUGAAUUAAAUGAUCUAUACCCUUUCAUGGCUGUUCAUACAA